AUCUUUAUAUUCAUAAAUCACUAUAGAGUGCAGCAAGCUAGAGAGACCGAAUGACAGAGGUCAUUUUCUGAUUUUCGUAUAGCAACUAUCGUUUACCUCAUUAUUUUGGAUUUCUUCUUUUGGAAUCAACCAUUUAUUAUAACUAAAUAAUGGCUUUAUUUUUACGAUCCACGAAAUUAGCCGCUAGGCUCACACAAGGACCAACUAAAUGCUUUUCAAGAAAUUACGCUGAUCAAAUGAACUUCACAUUUGCUGCCGCCAAUCAAAUUUUUUAUGCCAACAAAAAUAUCAAGCAAGUUGAUGUACCAUCUUUUAGUGGUUCAUUCGGUAUCCUACCUAAUCAUGUACCCACAUUAGCCGUUCUCCGCCCUGGUGUUGUAACGGUAUAUGAAGAUGAAGGAACCUCUAAAAAAAUAUUUGUUUCUAGUGGAACGAUAACUGUAAAUGAAGAUUCAAGUGUUCAAGUUUUGGCUGAAGAAGCUCACCCAGUUGAAGAUAUUGAUGGAUCAGCCGCACGUCAAGUACUGCAAGAGGCUCAGAGUCAACUGGCAACUGCAUCAGGUGAUGUUGCUAAGGCAGAAGCUGCAAUUGCCGUUGAAGUAGCUGAAGCACUUGUUUUAGCAGCAAACUAAUACUGAACGUAAACUAUGUAUUAUAUUAGUGUGGAAAUUUGUUUAAAAAUUUUCUCAUAUACAAUUAGGUUUAUAAAAUUAAAUUGAAUUUCUACAUACUCCAUUUCA